AGCGUUUCAUUCAGUUAAAUAAAAUAUUCCAAUUGACUGUUAAAAAUUAAAAAUUACACAAGUGAAUAAACAAUUCAAUUAAAAAAAAAAAUUUAUAUUUGUAAAAAUGGAUUUUCCUUUGCAAUUAUUUGGAUUGGUGAUAAUUACACUGUGCUUUGAUUUUGGUGAUAGUUUUCAAACAAAUCCACUUGGUAGUGAUCAACAACUAACAGAAGAACUUGGUUCAUAUGUUGGAGAUGGAGUAUUUGGUUACAAUCAAUUAUUACUGACAUGGUGUCAAAAACAACAUCCUGACAAUGUUUCAUUGGAUCUUUCAGAAUUAGGAAUAAAGAAACUUCCAGAAAACUUCAUUUCAAGUCAACACGUUACUUGUUUGGAUUUACAGAAUAAUGAAUUUUCAAACACAGUGGAUUUUAACAUUUUUCAAAAUCAACCAAAUCUCCUUUACCUGAAUUUGGCAAAAAAUAACAUUAAUCUACGAAAUUUGCUAAAUUUCACCUCACAUGAGAAAAUUAAAACACUAGUUUUGGAUAAUUUGAUAACUUAUGAAAAAAAUCAAUAUUUAAAAAAAUACAAAAAAUAUUCUUUCAAUAGCUACAAUUACAACAACGACUAUGACGACAACAACAACGACUAUGACUACAACAACAACAACAACAACAACUAUGACGACAACAACAACAACGAUAUAAUUGAUCUUCUUUUACCAAAUUUAGAAAAUCUUUCUUUAAGAAAUUUAAAUCCAAAUCAAGAAAUUAAAUUUCCUUUGUUUGAUUUUACUUUGUCAAAAUUAACACAUCUAUUUUUGUCUAACAAUAAAAUUCGUGAAAUAAAUGAACAAUUUUUUAAACGAUUUCCCGCGACAUUAACACAUUUAUUUGUAGAAAAAUGUAGUCUCACUUCAUAUUCAGCAUCAAUGAACAAAACAAAAUCAUUAAUUUCUCUAUCAAUGGAUGAUAAUAAAUUUUCAUGUUCAAAUGGUGGUUGUUUAGAUUUUGAAAAUCAUUCAGAAUUAAAAUAUUUAUCAUUGGCAAAUUGUGAAAUAAUUUCACUUUCACAUAAUACAUUUUUAUCAAAUUUAAAACUUGUUUAUUUAGAUUUAUCAGGAAAUCAAAUUCAACAAUUAUCAGAGAGGACAUUUUUGAAAACGCCAGCACUAGAAUCAUUAAAUUUAAAUGACAAUCAACUUUGGAAAAUACCAAAUCUUCAUAGUUUGAUUAAUUUGAAAAAAUUAUAUGUGAAAAAUAAUCAAAUAACAAAUUUAGAUCAAGAUUCAUUUAGUAGUUUAGAAAAUUUACAAAUUUUAUCAUUGAGUAAAAAUAAUAUUCAUUCUAUUGAUGAUAGUGCAUUUGAUAAUUUGUUGAAUUUAAAAGUACUUGAUUUGUCUGAUAAUAAAAUUAAUUAUUUUGAUUAUCGUCCAGCGAUUAAUUUGGAAUAUUUAAUUUUAACAAAUAAUUUAAUAUCUUCGAUGGAAAAUAUUAAAUUAGGUAAUACAACAUUGAAAUAUUUGGUACUUAAAAAUAAUCCAAUAAAGUCUUUGAAGCCAAAAGAUCUUAAAUUUUUAUUGGAUGAUACAACAAUUGUGCUUGGUAAUUCUUAAUUUUUUUUUUUAAAUAUCAUAAAAAUUGAAAUUUAUGUUUAAUGUAGGCUAAAGAUUUGAGUUUUUAAUAAUAAUUAUUGGUAUACUAUUGUAAUAAUGCUUUUGAUAAAUGUUUUAAUUUUGAUUAUUUUGCUAUAUAGGAAAAAUUAAUUUCUUUUAAUAAUUUUGUUUUGUAAUGAUUGCACUUAUUCGUCAUCUGAAGAAUUUGAUUAAAAUUACUCAAAAUUAUCAGCUAACCUAAACCUUCUUCACUGAAAAUUUAAGCACUCAUUUGAUUUUGAAUUCGAAAUCAUCUCUAAAAAAGGUUGUAUAAAUAUCUUUUAAUGCAUCUUUGAAGAUCUCAUUCUAAUGUUUCAAUAUUUGGUAAUGGUUGCUACCAAUACCCAUCUGACUACAAAAAUGAUACUAUAAACUUCGACCAACGAAGAAUUUAUGGGUCGCAACUUCCUUUACAUCUCAGCAUCCAAAGAGUACAUCAAUCUGACUCAAUUGCUUUUUAAAAAAUACCAUCUGCUAAACCUUUAUUUUAUCUGCAUCUAACUUUGGAAAAUCAAAUCCUAUUUUGAAGAAUGAAAUAUUUUGGAAAAUAAAAAGCUACUAGUCAAAUUGUCAUGAUGAUCUUCGAAGAAUUCUAAUUCGAUGAAAUUUUAAAAUUCUACCUUCACUCAAAGCUAUUAACAAAUUCUAACAGAUCAACUUCAGAUAUUAUUAUUAUUAUUAUAUUAUGUUAACUAUAUUGUCCUAUAAAGAGGGAAAAUGAUUAAAUAAAACCAUUUAUACUUUGUAAAAAUUA